AUGGUACCAGCAAACAAGAAGAAGAAGUUGUCCAUGGAUCAAAAAAACUGUCUAGCACAAUUCCUACUCCAAAAUCAGCAGCUUGAUGGAACUAUACGUCACAAAGCUCAAAAAGAGGCUGCACAAAUGUAUGGAUUAACCACAAGGUCAGUUAGAAGAAUUUGGAUGGAAGUAAAGCAUCAACAAUCUCAAGGUAUUCCAGUGCAUUUUCAGCAGAGAAGCAGAGGCAUCAUACAUAAAGAUAAGUGGAAAAUUGAUGAAGAGAAAAUUAGAAACUUAUCUGUUUUAGAGAGGUCUACUAUCAGGAAGAUGGCAAAAAAACUGAAUGUAAGUAAGAGUUUGCUGGGCAUUUGGAUAAAAGAGAAGCUAAUUAGGCCUCACACUAGUGCUAUAAAACCAGCACUUAGUAAGGUAAACAAGCUUGCUAGACUCAAGUUUGCCUUGAGUCACUUGAGAUUUGAUGAUGAUACUUUGAAAUUUCAAUCUAUGAGGAAUGUAAUCCACAUAGAUGAAAAAUGGCCACACUUUUCUAGUGAAGGGGAAUGCCUUUUUGAUGGGAAAUAUGGCAUUUUCCCAUUCACAACGCAGGAGCCAGCAAAGAGAAAGUCAAAAAACAGGAGCAAAGGCACAUUAGAGACAAAGGCCAUUCAAUCAAUCACUAAAGAAGUGAUAAAAGCUUGUUUAAUCAAUCAGAUUAUUCCUGCCAUCAAGGCUAAGUGGCCAACUACCGAGCCUAAGGAAAUCAUCAUACAACUGGACAACGCAAGACCACACAUCUUAGCAACUGACAAAGACUUCAUUGAAGCAGCAAACACAGAUGGGUUCAAGAUUAGUUUGAUUUGUCAACCACCAAACAGUCCAGAUACAAAUAUCAACGACUUAGGGUUCUUUAGAGCCAUACAGAGCUUACAAGAUGACAAGAUGGCAAACACAGUGGAUGAUCUAUUGAAGAAUGUGCUCUCAUCAUAUCAAGAGUUAACAGCACACACUCUAAACAAUGUCUUUCUAACCCUACAAGGCUGUUACAUAGAAAUCCUCAAGAUAAAAGGUGGGAAUGAUUAUAAAAUUCCACAUAUGAAGAAGAGAAGACUCUCAAGAAUGGGGCUACUGCCAGAAUGCAUUGAAGUUCCUGAAGUGCUAGUUAAGGAGAGUUUGGAGUACCUUAUGCUGCCAGAGAAUGAAACAGGUAAUAACUAUGACCUCAGUAGACUCACAACUCAUUAUGGCUACUAA